AUGACAAGUGAUACUGCUACUACUUUUGCGAUUGUUACUGGAACAAGCCGCACUUCUGUGCCACCGGCAGAAAAACCAGGAAACUUUUCUGGAAAGUUCACCAACGAAGACCCUCCUGUGCCCGCUGCUGAUAUGCCGGCCAAUGAAAAGUUUAUGAUUACUGAGGCAUGGACACAGGCAGAUUUUCUAUGCAAGGGAUACAUCCUAAGUGCUUUGGAUGAUGAUUUGUAUAAUGUCUACAGUGCUGUGAAAACUUCUAAAGAAUUGUGGGAUGCACUUGAGAAGAAGUACAAGACUGAAGACGCAUGCUUGAAAAAAAUUGUGGUUGCUAAGUUCCUAGACUAUAAAAUGAUAGAUAGCAGAACUGUUGGAACCCAGGUUCAAGAACUACAACUUAUUUUUCAUGACCUUAUUACUGAAGGUAUGGUAGUUAAUGAAGCAUUUCAAGUGGCUGCGAUGAUAGAAAAGUUGCCUCUUUCGUGGAGAGAUUUCAAAAAUUAUCUAAAGCACAAGUGCAAGGAAAUGAAGUUAGAAGAUCUUGUGAUUCGUCUCAAGAUUGAGGAAGAUAACAAAACACGAACAUCGUUGAAGAUGCUGCUUCAAAGAAUAAGAAAAGGAAGCAACCUUUUGGAAAGAAUUAGGCGCAGAACAAGAAAAAGUUCAAGGGCAAUUUUUAUAAUUGUGGGAAAGAAAAAGGACAAGAGAAAGAGACAAGCCAAUAUGGUGGAAAAUAAAGAAGGUAUCGAUGAUCUGUGUGCAAUGCUAUCAGAAUGCAACCUAGUAGGUAAUCCCAAAGAAUGGUGGCUUGAUUCGGGAGCUACUUCGCAUGUGUGUACAGUCCGAGAAGCCUUCUCUACUUAUUCCCCUGCAGCACCUGAUGCGAUGAUCUAUAUGGGAAAUUCUGCAACUGCUAAGAUUGAAGGAUAUGGGAGAGUAUUUCUGAAAAUGACAUCUGGCAAGGUGGUGACACUGAACAAAGUGUAUCAUAUUCCAAAAAUGCAAAAGAAUUUGGUGUCUGCCGGCCUUCUUAUCAAGAAUGGAUUCAAUAAGGAUGAAGCAAUUGAUGCAUUUAAGCAAUACAAGAACGAAGUGGAAAAUCAAUUGAAUAAUAAGAUAAAAAUGAUUAGAAGUGAUAGGGGUGGAGAAUACGAAUCUCCUUUUGAAAAGAUAUGUUUAGAAUAUGUCAAAUGGAAUUGUGGAAAGGAAAAACCAAACAUUAAAAGAAAUGAUGAAUGCUUUAUUAAUAAGUUCUGGUUUACCGCAGAACUUGUGGGGGGAAGCUAUCCUUACAGCUAA